AUGGAUAAAUUUUUUACCCGUGUCAAAUCCUUCUUCUCAAACCAUUUUCUUCGCUUCACCAGUAGAAACACUCUUUUAAUCCUCGAUCGCUUUCACUGGAAUGGAGAAAUCUACGAUCAUGACCUGUUUCUGCUAGAUGUCAAAGAAAAGAAGCUCAAACCACUUAAUGUUCCAAAGGUCACAGAUUCUGAAAUGGGUUUCAAGAUGGUGGGUUCAUGCAACGGUAUACUCUGUGCCAUUCACUAUUCUUUGGAUCCUAACUCUACCAUCAUUCUUUGGAAUCCUGCCACAGGACAAACCGAGCGAAUCAUGGAACCAGAAAGCGCUUUGCUUCCUUACAUGGUGCCACCACACUGUCUUGUAGGCUUUUACUUCAACAAAAGUUGCAGUGAUUAUCAAGUGCUUAGGGUUCACUCUUUUGAGGACACAAACAAAGAAGUGUGUUUGGGUGAUUCUCUUGCAAAAACUUGUGCUGUUCGAGUACAAAAGUUUUCUCUGCGUGAAGGGUUGUGGAGGGAAAUCGAACAUUGUGACAAUCAAUGUGUGAGUGUGAAUGGGUGUUUGUUUUGGACUGAGAACAGUGUGACAGUGAGAGAAACUUUGUUUUGGAUGGCUAUGGAGGUAAGUGAAAAGGUUAGUAAUGAAAUGAUAAUUUCUGUCAAUGCAUGUAACUAUGCUCUUAGCAAGAUUGGGUUGCCCCCUUUGGUUGCUGGUGAUGCUGAAGUUCAUAAGAAACUUGCAGUGUAUAAGGAUUCGGUUGCAGUGAUUAUUUGCUUGGAAAUAAAAAAUGUGGCACAGUGUUUAGAUUUGUGGGUUUUCUAUGAUAAGUACGAGGGUGUGGAGUGUUGGUGUAAAAUGCACACAAUAAGAUUGUUACCAAAGUUAGAGCGUCCAGUGGGUAUUUUGAAAGAUGAGAUUCUUGUGUCAACAGAUAAAGUGAUACGUAGUGUUAGUGGUACCAUAGCUUUUCUUCCUGAAGAUGGUAUUGGAGCUGAAUUUUCCUACAACGUCUUCAAUUAUGUUGAGAACUUUUUAUUUGAUGGAAAUGUGGUUGUGGAGGAAGGUGAUUCACUUGAAAAUGAAGGACUCUCGUUACUUAGUUUGUUCAUCAGCAACAUUGAGAAAUUAAGCAUUGAAGAUUGUGGGUGUUAUUGA